AUGACGCGGCGCUCAAGUUGGACCCGUCCGUACCUCAAGGACAACCAAAAAGAAGCUCGCGUCAAGUUCUGCCAGCGGUUUCAGACAGAGAGUGGUAACAUCAAUGACAUGUAUCAUACCGUUCAUGUUGAUGAAAAGUGGUUCUUCAUGACCAAGAUCCUCCGACGAUUCCUGCUCUGGAAGAAUGAGGACGUCAUCCCAAGACAUCUCCAAUCGAAGUCGCACAUUACCAAGGUCAUGUUCCUCUGUGCUGUCGCGACCGCGAAACGGCUGGGACGGUCGGCUCGGCUGCUGGGAGAUCGUUGA